AUACACAGGGUGAAGAACCCCUCGCGACCUACCGGGCCCCCCAGUGGAUCAGCCGGGAGCGAUCUACCUCAAGGAGACCUCGGCGCAGCCCUCGGACAAGGUAUCGGCUCCGCAGGUCCAUCAACACAACUCCUGUCCUCCUCCACAUUUGCCGGUACCACAAACCCCACCACCACCACCAGCGCCGCUCCUACCUCUCUCGUCACGGGCACCCCUGGUGCUGGUUGUCUGGCUGUUGGUUUUGCCUCAGGGUCCUCGGGUCCUGCGGUCGGGACAGCCGCAUCAGCUGUUGUGGUCACUUCCGCCACCGCCAACCUGGGCGCCGGACUCGGAAGUGGCCCGUUCGGCAGCGGUGCUGCCGGCAUCGGCAGCAUUGGUGGUACUGUCGGUUCCCCCUCUGUUGCCAGUGUCUCGGCCUCCAUAGCAGCCGUCAAUAUCCACCCUCGCAGUUACAGUAUCACCGAUGUGGCGUGGUCCAAUUUUUCCGGUAACCUUACCUCAAUUCUUCACAUUAACCCCUCUUUUCUCCGUCUUCACACCUGA